AGUGUUCUAUCGUUCCAUACUGUUACCAAGAAUUAGAUCUGCAACUGAAGCUAGAAUGAAUCAUCUACUGUUGUCCCUAUUUUGCUUGACGGCCUUCUGCGCUACGACAACUUUWGGGUUUUCUACUACACAAAGUUAUGCCGCCAAACAGCCUUCUUCGGUGAAAGUUAAUUUUUCUUCGCAGACUUCGAAAGCCUUGUUCCUUGUGAAGGACAACGAGGACAGCGACUUUCCGUCCGAUGAAUCUUCGGAUUACAGUGGAGAUGUCGAUUGGGAUGCCGAAUGGAAAAAAGUCGUGGCGAAGGACGGGAAACUAGAUGACGGCAAAGAGCGUCCCGGGAAGGAUUUUUACAAAAGCGAGGCAGAAAUARCCGCAAUCAAAGCCGCCAACGCUGCUACCAAAACUGUUUCGGAAGCUGGAUCUUCGGUAUCAAACAUGUUGCCAGACGUCCGAUCCUUAUCCGGCGAUUGGAGAUUCUGGAUCGGURUUUUGGCCCUGGUAUCUGUUGGUCUUUCAUUGUUGAGCGCUCCAUCGGACAUCAAUUCGGGGUUACCGGGUGACUCCUUUUACGUUUAGAGGAUGUAAUAGACUACUCGAAAACUAAAAUCAUAGAGAUUCAGUAGGUAUGGUUGGAAAAAUCAUUCGUCACGAAAACCAAUACGAAGCGAGCGGUUCGGGAAGGCCGUCAAUGGCCGCGAUACAGAGUUGACGUUUCGAUGUCAAACCAGGAACGAAUUCAGCACUCUAGAAACGCACCUUAUCGCCUAGAGCAAAUCAGCGUCAUUCACGUACGAUGUCAAUUACAGAGUCUCGUUACUUUAUAAUAAAGAUUUAUAUUAUGA